AUGCUUGGUAAUUCUUACGGAUUUCAUAAUCUGGCAAUACGGAAGCACGCAUGCAGGCUACGAUAUGUGCUACAUCAGCUUAAUGGCGGUCAACUUUCAAUGGAUGAUCUCAAAAAGAAUCUCGAAUAUAUGGCUUUGCUCUUAGAAACUGAGUGUAUGAAUGAAACCAGACGCAUUUGUGAUGAAGAGGACGAUUUGGCGGAUGUGAAACCAGAAGCAGUCUCCGAUGAAGUGCGCAAAUGGCUUGCAGCAACAUUUACAAAACAAUCAAUGCUUUCGAAACGUGAAAAACCAAAACUUAAGUCGGUAGCUAAUGCUAUACUCACAGGAAUUUUUUUUGACAAAAUGUUCCGAAAAUCGCAGGUACUGCUUAUUUCAACACCACCAGAAAUUGCUGCAUUGAUGAAGAAUUUGAAUAGUUGGUCAUUUGAUUGCUUCCGAUUGAACGAAGUAUCGGAAGGACAUGCGCUGAAGUAUGUUGGCCUAGAGCUUUUCAAUCGCUAUCGUUUCCUUGAUCGUUAUAAGAUUCCCGUGCAAAUACUUGAGAAUUACAUUGGGGCCUUGGAAGUAGGAUACAGCAAACACAACAACCCAUAUCAUAACAUUGUCCAUGCUGCUGAUGUGACUGCCUCUUCACAUUUCAUGUUGUCACAGACCGGUUUUGCUACAAGCUUGUCAGAUCUAGACAUAUUGGCUGUUAUAUUUGGUGCCAUGAUACAUGAUUAUCAGCACACCGGUCAUACAAAUAACUUCCAUAUACAAACCGGAUCUCAUUAUGCACUACUAUACAAUGAUCGAAAUGUUCUGGAAAACCAUCAUAUCAGUGCAUCUUUUCGUUUGCUGAAGGAAGACGACAAAAAUAUCAUGAAAAGAUUAACCAGGGAAGAAUUCAGAGAGCUACGCAAUUUAUUGAUCGAAAUCGUACUCGCAACAGAUAUGUCAAGUCAUUUCGCACAAAUUAAAACUAUGAAGGCUAUGUUGUCAUCGCCUGAGGGUAUUGAUAAAACUAAAGCUGUUUGUCUCAUUGUACAUGCUUGCGAUAUAUCACAUGCCUCAAAACCAUGGGAAUUGCAUUCCCGAUGGACUGAAGGUGUUCUCGAGGAAUUCUUUCGUCAAGGGGAUUUAGAAGCCAGCAUGGGUCUACCGUAUUCUCCUCUUUGUGACAGAAAUACUGUGCACGUUGCGGAUUCACAAAUUGGAUUUAUUGAUUUUAUUGUUGAACCGACAAUGAUUAUUUGUGGGGAAAUGUUAACGAGAAUAAUUGAGCCACUGGUACCGCUUCAGUCAUCAGAUACCUUCCUGCCGUGCGACAAUUCCGAUUCGUUAUUAACAAGUGCCGAUGUGCCUCAGGAACAUGAAACUGAAAAUGUAAGCAACAAUGAAACGAACAGUUCAUUCCGUUUCUUGCCAUUAAAUCAGGACGGAAAACUGGAAAUACCAACUCCAUGGAUGGAAUUCAUGCAUGAGAACAAGGAUCGAUGGAAAAAACAGGCUGCCAAAGAAGAAGAUGAGAGAAAGAAAAAUAGCGAAGAAAUCGUCACCAAAUGA